CGCGGAAAAGUUGUUUGUACUUGUGCUCGGGAUUUCUCCAGCGCUUGUAAGUGACGGACGUCGCCGAGCUCCACUCGUCCAUCUCGUCGUCGUCGCACAAUCGCGGUCUUCGGCCCACACGCGCGGAACCCGAAAAUCGGGGCGGGGUCUCACGCACCCGGAAGCGCGGCGCCAGCCGGUAUUUCGUGGCAAUGCUCUUUCAGUCACGUGACCGCCGUGCCAUCCCGAAACGCCGAAUGGCAAACGGCAUCCGUGACCGGGUGACCUCCGAGUCACGUGCCGCGCCGACGCCCCGAAGCGCGCGAUUGCGUCACAGGUUCAGUCGAGUGGGCGAUGAGAUGAUUGACAGGUCGCUCUGCCUCCUUUUUUCCUUACUAUUAUCAUGAUUAUUUUCUUUGACUUUAUCGAAAGGGGGGUCGCUGCUGCUGCUGCUGGUCUGAAAGAGAAAAAGAAACACGGAAAUCGCAAAGCAGACGCUUUUUUUUCAAAUGGGACACCCAAGCAAAAAAGAAGCCAAAUACAAAUAAACCCACAAGCCCGAGUAACAGCAAACCAAAAGUUCACAACAAAGGUUGGAGUUGGCGCCUCCACCUCACCGACGGAACGCCGAGUAACCGAAAAUAAGCAAGAAGAAAAAGCAAAACUACAAGUUGUGCUUGUGGCGGACAAAGGAACAACGUCGAGGCAAGCUAGCAGGGCGCUAGUAUCCGUUUGUCGGGCUAAAUAGGCCGAGAAAGUUUGAUCGUGGUGGUGGUGAUCCAUCCAUCCAUCCAUCCAUUCUCUGAGCCGCUUCUCCUCACGCGGGUCGCGGGCGUGCCGGAGCCCAUCCCAGCUGGCAUCGGGCAGGAGGCGGGGUACACCCUCAACUGGUCGCCAGCCCAUCGCAGGGCACAUACAAACUAACAACCAUCCGCGCUCACAUUCACACCUACGGGCAAUUUAGAGUCGUCAAUUAACUUAGCAUGCAUGUUUUGGGGAUGUGGGAGGAGAGCGGAGUGCCCGGAGAAAAGCCACGCGGGCGCGGGGAGAACGCGCAAAGUCCACACAGGCGGGGCCGGGGAUCGAACCCGGGUCCUCGGAACUGUGAGGCGGGCGCUCUAACCAGUCGGUCACCGUGCCGCCGGUGGUGGUUAUAUCACAUCUAAAUAAGAGAGCAAAAAGUCUUCGGUGUCGUUAUUUGUGUCGAUCGCGCGGGCCAAAUUCUGGCGGAAAAUCGAAAUUGUCGUCAGGAAAGCAGCCGGAAGUGACUGCAGUGGGCUUUGGGGUGUCAAGCGCGCCUUUACAGGCGAACUUCAUUUGACCUUUCGGGAACGUUUGAAUGCAUGCAAAGGUGAAGUUUCGCCCCAAAGCCCAAUACCCUUCCGCUCUUUUGUGUGCGGUGUACUGAAUGUGUCUCGUUGGCAAACGGGGCGUUAAAGUCACGACGGCCGCGGUCGCGCAACGUUCAGGACGGCGUGAUCAGCAAAAACAAAAAAAAAAAAAAAAAAAAGGCCCGACGAGCUGAGUCGCACAGCCGGCCGCGACUAUUUACGGCUGUGUUACGGGCGUGAUGUUUGAAAUGAAGAAACUGUUGGGACGCUCAUAAAUCCAGCUGGAUUAUACGGCGUAUUUAUACAGCCGCCUUCGUCUCGUUUGGACUCGCCGAAGAGCAGACGAAGCCGAAGCGGAGCGUCUCGGAUUCGCUGCGGCACGGACGCGGAGGGCCUGGAGGAGCGCUGCGACCGCAUCCUGAGGAACACGGAGGCCUCCCUCGCAGCCCGGGACCGCGUGGGGAUCCAGGAUUUUGUUCUGUUGGACGCCUACACCAGCGAGACCGCCUUCCUGGACAACCUGCGGAAACGCUUCCACGAGAAUCUCAUUUACGAUUUCUGGACAAAAACAACGAUCUUCUGUAUAGAAACGGAAAAGAGGUAAUGAACGAAACGAACCUGUUUUGACACGGCAGCCCGAGCCGCUGCUCGGCUCCGCCCCUCUACCGCUGUUCCCGAGAGGCCGAUGGGGUGUCGGCGAGUGCGAACUGCCAACGGGUGGUGACUCCCUGUUGUAUUUUCUCUGGCGGACGCAGGCGCUUCGUCAACAAACCGCCGAAUGUCACUUGCCAAUUGGUUUGUCGAUCUGUGUAUGUGGCGCAUGCAGUAGCCGAACAAGAAUACCUCUGACAAUCAUUAUCUUACACUAUUCCACUGAGAGUGAACACAUUAUUUACAUACAAACAUCCGGCGUUCUCUCAUUUGACCAAAAAAUGAAAUUUGAGCCAAACAAAAAAACGGAUACUUGUUUCUCCUGACGCUGCAAGAUUACUACGGCGCAUGUAGUCGAUGACAACGUUCCAAUCCAGAUUUCUUUUUCCAAUCGAGGUGAUGCGACAGUCCAAAAACGCAAUCAUCCAACACCGCUUCCCUCCGAGCGAGCCGGAUCGAAAGAAGAGACCGUAAACCGCAAGAGAUAUUUGUUCGAAACAUUCCGGCCUCUCGGGUUUCGCCGUUUCGACCGCCGAGCCGUGCUGUCGGCGCAGGCGGUGACUCAGUUUAAGAGCAGCCUGGCGGUCCUGACCCAGAUCCUCGGCGCCAAAGAGCCGCGGUACGUCCGAUGCGUCAAACCCAAUGAAGCCAAACGGCCAGCGCGAACGGGAAAUCGCGACCGCAAUUCGCCGAGCUGUCGUGACUCCCGACAGGACGCUUCGAUGACGUCCUGGUGAGACAUCAGGUGAAGUACUUGGGCCUGAUGGAGCACUUGAAGGGUACGGCGCGCGGGGUUCGCCUACCGCCGGAAAUACGAGAUCUUCCUCCAGAGUACGGCGUCCCGGCGGUGAAGUACGACCGCAACGGCUUCCGCCCUCGUCCUCGGCAGCUCGUCUUCACCCGAGACGCCGCCCACCUGCUGGACGAGGCCAAGAUCAAGCAGACGAUCCGUUACGGCUCGCUGAAAGGAGUUUCCGUGAGCAACCUGAGUGACAACUUCCUGAUUGUCCACGUGACGUGCGAUGACAUCGAGCAGAAGGGGGAUCCGGUGCUGCAGUGCGACUUCCUGUUCGAGGCCCUGACCAAGCUGAGCGCCAUUGUCGACAAGCGCGACUUGAUCCGGGUGGUCCGGGGCAGGACGCCUCCAUUUGAAAGGAAUCCAUUUUCAACGUCUUCUUUAGGAAUCCACAAGCACCGAAUCCAGAUGAUUUGGGACGCCGCCGCCCCCUGUCUGCAAACGUCUGCGACGGCCACGUUCGCUCCAAAAGCCCAAAUUGACUUUUCUUGCGACUUUAUGAUGUCAUUCAACAACAAGAAUGAUGCCAAUAUUUUCAUCAUGGAAGCGGUCGUAUACAAACACGCGCAUUCACCGUGCUUAAUAUGAAAAAAGCGACUUAGUAAUGUCUCCGUUGUGUAGAUGUUAGAAAUGAUUGUGACGCAUUAAAAUCAGUAACGAGACUUGGGAGUUUACUGGCAAUUCCGGAAGCUGUCGCACUGCCGGUACCUUCAAGUACCCGCUUGAAAGUUGUCAAAAACCAAGUCCCGUAUCGAUGAUAUAUGAUAUAUAUUCAUAUGUUACCGAAAGAAUGUUCGAUAACAAACUGUUGUAAAAGAUUAGCGUUGGGCUUCGGUUAAAUAUCCAUUUUCUUUUACCGCUUCUCCUGACGCGGGUCGCGGGCGUGCUGGAGCCCAUCUCAGCAAUCAUCGGGCGGAAGGCGGGGUACACUCCGAAACUGGCCGCCAGCCAAUCGCAGGCCACAUACAUACAAACAAACAAACAAACAAACAAACAACCACCGUGCCGCUAGCUUAGUUAAGUAGGUCAAGUAAAAUACAACUGAAUUUCCCUCAGUGUCCCGUCAUUUAAAAAUAUAUACGAUAUAGAGUGCGUCGCGGCCUUUUUCAACGCGUAGCGAAACGAGUCAACAAACAUUGACCUUUUAAAAGAUCGUUAAAAGGCAAAUUCAUUUUGCCCUUAUCGCGACGGUGCCGGCUAACAAAGACGGGCAAUAAAAGCGCCAGCGGUAUCAAAGGUUGUCUUCGCGGCAGUAAAACAGCCGAGCGCCGAUUCCUCCGGCGACUUCCUGGUGAGAAACAAACGAGGCCAAAAGUCCAGCGAGGCGACGGCGGCCUUCCUCCGACGUUC